AGGAAGCUGAGGCGGCCCCGGCCCAGCGCAGCCCCAGCCCGGCUCCGAGCCCGCGAAAGCCUCGGCGUGACCGUCCCCGCAACCAUGGCAGGGGUCGUGGUGAGCGGAGCCCAAGUGUCCUACAUUAGUCAAGACUGUGAAGAAAUUCCAGAAUUCCUAGGAAGAAAAUAUGGACAUAUGGCAAAAAGGCUAGAUCUUAGCUUCAACUUGUUGAGGUCACUAGAAGGAUUGAAAACAUUCAGUUACUUGGAAGAGCUGAUCUUGGACAACAAUCUACUCGGAAAUGACCUUCUGUUACCCAGGUUACCACACCUUCAUACCUUAACGCUCAACAAGAACCAAAUAACGGAAUUGGAAGGCCUUUUGGACCACUUGGCUGAAGUUGCGCCCUCACUACAGUAUCUCAGUUUGCUUGGAAACAUGGCCUGUCCAAAUGAACUGGUCUGUAAAGAAAAGGAUGAAGAUGACUACCAGAGAUACAGAUAUUUUGUCCUGCACAAGUUGUCAAACCUGAAAUUUCUUGAUACUCGGAAGGUAACCAGGAGUGAGAGAGAGGAAGCCUUGGUAAGAGGUGCCUUCAUGAAAGUGGUUAAGCCAAAGGAUGCUAAGGCCUCCAGUGAUGCUGCCUCUGUCUCUCCAGUGAUGCACUAUACACCUCUGCCUUCAGGAUCCAGAGACCUCACCAACCACAGAGGCAUUUUGGGGAAAUGUCGCUACAUUUACUACGGAAAACAUUCUGAGGGCAACAGAUUCAUCCGAGAUGACCAGCUAUAAAAUGCAGUGUUGUUUUGUAUCUCUUCAAUCCCUCCACAUAAGAAGCACAAAUUGCAUCUGAAUUUUAAGCACGUAACUAAAGUCCUCUAGUGCCUUCUGCUGACUUUGCCAAGCCUGUCAAGAUCAUCCUUCUAUCUUAGUCUGAAUAGUCACAUAGAGAUUGACAUGAUUGCCUUUAAGCAGGUCCCAUCCACCAGUGUGACAGACAGCUGCAGCCGAGCACCCAGCCUGACAGGAGGAGCACCGUGAUGGAUUGCCUGGUCCAAUUGCUGCUCGCAGAAGAGCAGGGGUCACACCUGGGGCUUCAGUGAGCAUGCUCCAUCGGUCGGCGCCUUAGCAAAAGCAGCGCGUUUAUCUCCAGCUUGCCUGUUGAGUGAAAGUGGCUGGUGAUAUCAAAGUGUUUAUAAAAGAGAGAGGCUAUAAUUUCAGAUGAAAAGCCCUUAUUUUUUGCCCUGUGAAUUAAGUGCUUGUGUUUCUAUCAUCUCAUAUAUGCUUUCACAAAUCCUUUAACAGUGCAGGGGUUUUUUUGUUCUGUUUGGUGUGACUCCCUUACACCCCCACCCCACGAUGAGCCUA